CAUGCAGCAAUAAUCAGCCAAUUAAUAAGAAUUAAAAUAAAUAUUUUAACUUUUCUCAUAAGAAAACUCAGAUGAAAUCAAUAUUUAAUAGAUGAACUAAUUAAUUAAGGAAUUAGAAACUAUAAAUUAAGAUUAAUAAUAGAUUAGUGUACCAUAUUAACAUGGAAGAAAAUUAGUCAAAAAAAUUAGUUCUACAGAUAAUUUUGAAGACAUGUAAAAGGAUUCAUCUCCUAAAUCACCAACCUAUGUUUCUGUAACAGAAUUAAAGUAUAUUAUGAUAUAAAUGUAGAUAUUUCCCAAAUAAUAAAACUACUAUGCACUUUUCUGAUUUCUAAGAGUUAUAUAAUGAAUGUAUGUCCAAUAAGGAUUAACAUGAUGAAUUACUAGAGAGUGCUUUCUCUGUAUUUGAUUUUGAUAAAAAUGGUACAAUUGAUUCAAAGAAAAUAAGAAAGGUCUUUUCUAAGUUUAAAGAUAACACCAGUGAAGAAGAAAUUUAAAGUACAUAUACUUAUAUUAUUUAUACUAGAUGUAUUAAAAUUUUGUGGAGUACUUCAUGACUAAAUGUCUUUGUAAGAAUUUAAAGAGUUUUUUAAAAAGAACUUAUGA